ACGAAGAAGUUGAAGCUGAAGUAACUUGGGAAGAUCAACAAAAUAUAAAUUCGUUCAGUAAAUUGAACGUUAAAUUCUCAGAUAUUGAAGAAAAAUAUGAGGAAAAGAAGCAAGAAAAUGAAUAUCUUGAUGAUCUAUUACAAGAAUUAGAACAACAAGAACUACUAGGCGAUGAAGGUGAACUUGUCAGGUACAAGAUAGGUGAUGCAUUUAUUUCAAUUUCUUUAGAAGACGCUAUACAGCGUACAAAAAAGGAGAAAGAGCUCUUAUCAGAAGAGUCAGGUAAACUCAGAAAUGAAAUGAGAUCUUUAACUAACGAGAUGGAAAAUUUGAAAAAAUUAUUGUAUGGAAAAUUUGGUAAGGCUAUUAACCUAGAGAAAGAUUGA